AUGAAGGUUUUUGGUUUAUUAGUUUGUUUAGUUAGUAUCCUGGUGGCGUUCCCGGCGUGGCCUGGGUUUGAGUUUAACUUUGGGAAGUUGAUACAAUCCCAGAGUUUUGAUAAUGAGCAAUAUCUUAUCAAGACGGGGCCCAACAGUUUUGAAGUAGUUGAUGAAGCCACUAAAUUGAAGUAUCGUAGAGGAAACAAGCGAUUUAUUGAUGUGACGAACCAAAUAAGUGUGGAGGAAGCAGUUAGGGCCGGUUUGAUUAAUACCGACACUCCCCAUUUGUCUAUGGUUGAUAAGUUGGGAUUAAUCGGGGCUAAACAAUUGAGUCUGAUCAAGACUGAAGUGCCGGUUUAUAAUUACCCCGAGAAGAUUGGCUAUUCUACACAAGUGAGACGAUUAUUUGGACAGAUUGAUAUGAAACAAGUGGAAGACAGAUUGGGUAAGUUUACGUCAUUUUUCACUAGAUACUAUAAAAGUGAAAGCGGAUUUGAAAGUGCCCAAUGGUUAUGGAAAACAAUUGAAGAGAUAAUCGAACCAGUUAAGGAGAAAGUCAGUGUGAAACCAGUGAAGCACGAAGGAUGGGAUCAAUUUUCAAUUAUUGUUAGUAUUCCAGGUACCAAAAGCGAAGAUAAAGUUGUUGUAGGAGCACAUCAAGAUUCGAUUAAUUUAUUAUUUCCAAACUUGUUAAAAGCCCCCGGAGCUGAUGAUGACGGAUCAGGUAGUAUGACCACUUUGGAGUCGUUAAGGGUGUUAAUUGAAGCCUAUGCAGCAGGUAGUUUCAAACCGCACAACACUUUAGAGUUUCACUAUUAUUCUGGAGAAGAAGGAGGAUUGAAAGGAUCGAUUGACGUUUUCAAUCAGUAUUUCAAUCAAGAUGCAGUUGUCAUUGGAAUGUUACAGCAAGAUAUGACCGGAUACACUGCAGGGUCAUUAGCAGAAGGAAUUGAACCUCAUUUUGGAUUAAUUUCAGAUUAUACCUCGAUCAAUUUGAAUAAUUUUUUAAAAUUAAUCAUUGAGGAAUAUAACGAGAUUCCCUAUCACGAAACCGAAUGUGGGUAUGCAUGCUCUGACCAUGCAUCCGCUUUGGAGAAUGGGUAUCCUGCCAGUUUUUUAAUUGAAUCGGAAUUCAAAUAUACUAAUAAAUUUAUCCAUUCAGUUAUGGAUACAAUUGAUAGAUUAGAUUUCGAUCACAUUGCAGAGCAUAUCAAAUUGACCAUUGCUUAUGCUUAUGAAUUGUCUAUGGCAACUAAUUUACACGAUUAAGUAAGUAAACGAUUAAAUAAGUACACGAUUAAGUAAGUACC